GCGCAGGCGCGGGGCCGCUCGUGCCCCCGGUCCCGCCGGACGCGGCCCGGAGCGGCGGAGAGGGGCCCAGCUGAAGGGAGUAAGUUAUAAGAAUAUAUAUACAAGGACAAGUUCUAAGGUGGAGAAUGACAGAAAAAUGUUAACUUCCCUGGAGCUGACGUUGGCUCUGCAAUGGACUGGUGUCCUGCUGUUACUGCAUCUCCAGGAAACACAUGCUCAGCUCACACUGAGACCCCACAGCUGAACCUUAAAAAUCCAAGAGUCUGUCAAUGACUAACUAAGGUCUCCAUUCUCAUGAUUUAUGUGAUUUGCUUCUCCUGGAGCCAUGGAUGAAUACGGCCGCUUUGUGGACUGGGACAAAAUGGAUGUGAGUGCCCAGGGCCAGAAUACAAAAGAGCUCACCUGCACAGACUUCCAUGAGCUCAAGCAGCUGGCUAGGCAGGGCUACUGGGCCAAAAAUCACUCUCUGAGAGCCAAAGUGUACCACAAACUCAUCAGCAAUAUCCCGUGCCGCACAGUGACCCCAGAUGCAAACGUGUACCGGGACAUCGUGGUGAAGAUUGUUGGAAAACGCAGCAGCAGCUCCCUUCCACUGCCCGAGUUCGUGGACAACAGCCUGAUCCCCACGUACUGCCUGAAUGCGGAGGGCAUUGGGGCCGUCAGAAAGAUCAUUCUGUGCAUUGCAAAUCAGUUCCCAGACAUCUCAUUCUGCCCAGCACUGCCCUCGGUGAUCGCGCUGCUCCUGCACUACAGCAAGGACGAGGCCGAGUGCUUCGAGCAGGUCUGUCGCAUCCUGGCUUGCAAUGACCCAUCCAAGAGACUCAUCGACCAGACCUUCCUGGCCUUCGAGUCCUCCUGCAUGACCUUCGGGGACCUGGUGAACAAAUACUGCCAGGCAGCCCACAAGCUGAUGGUGGCAGUGUCCGAGGAUGUGCUGGAAGUGUACUCAGACUGGCAGCGGUGGCUCUUCGGAGAGCUGCCCAUGGUGUACAUUGCACGGGUCUUCGAUGUGUUCCUAGUGGAAGGGUACAAAGUUCUCUAUCGUGUUGCGCUGGCCCUUCUGAAAUUCUUUCACAAAGUCAGAGCUGGACAGCCCAUGGAAUCUGACAGUAUCCAGCAGGACAUCCGAGCUUUUGUGAGGGAYAUCGCCAAGUCGGUGUCCCCAGAGAGGCUCCUGGAAAAAGCCUUUGCUAUCCGCCUCUUCUCUCGGAAGGAGAUCAAUCUCCUGCAGAUGGCCAACGAGAAGGCUUUGCAGCAGAAGGGCAUCACAGUCAAACAGAAAAGUCUUGUACCUUCCAAAAGGCAGAAUGUGCACUUGGCAGUUCAUGCUGAGAACUUCAAGUCAGAAAUUGUCAGCGUGAAGGAGAUGCGGGAUAUCUGGUCGUGGAUCCCAGAGCGAUUUGCACUGUGCCAGCCUCUCCUGCUUUUCACCACCUUGGAACAUGGCUGUAGUCUGAGCAGGUUCUAUUCCCACAGCGAGGGACAUGARCCAACUCUGCUCCUUAUCAAGACAACAGCAAAAGAAGUCUGUGGGGCAUACCUGUCAACUGACUGGAGCGAGCGUCGGCGAGGAGGGAACAAGCUGAGUUUCUUUGGAACUGGGGAGUGCUUUGUGUUUAGGCUGCAGCCAGAAGUGGAACGCUACGAGUGGGUGGUCAUAAAACACCCAGAACUGGCCUCGACUGGAUCAGAGACAGAAAAUCAUGCGGCACCAGCUUCCAGCACCCUCUCCUCCAGCAGCAUCCCCUCAGACCCCUCAGAUCGCCUUUCUCCCUUCUUAGCAGCUCGGCACUUCAACUUGCCUUCCAAAACAGCCUCCAUGUUCAUGGCUGGCAGCAGUGAGUGCAUCAUUGUAGGAGGUGGUGAUGGCCAGGCUCUGUACCUCGAUGCAGAUCUGAACCAUGGGAGAACCAGCCACUGCAACACUUUCAAUAACCAGCCACUGUGCUCUGAAAGCUUCCAGAUCUCCAUCCUGGAGGUGUGGGGCUUCAGGGACACCAUGAAUGGUUGAUGUGACUAUUAUUAAUCAAUUCGUUUUUCAGUUCUGAGGAUUCCCAAGGCAAAUUCCAGUGCAGGAGCCAUGUUAGAACAUCCUUUCUGCUAGGCUCAAUGCUGUGAGUCAUUCCUAAGUGGUGCACUUGGAUGCAGGCCUAGUUGUUUACUCCUAUUUUAUUUAAGAUAGGUCAAGAUGAAGUAAUGUUAUCUGCUUAACUCCUUGUCUCUUUACCUCUAGAGAUCUGUAUUCAGGGAAUAAUGAAAAAUGGUAAAAAUGAAAAUGUGAUGAAUUCAGUCCCAUGCUAGAGGGAUACAGGUCCAAAUCAUGGGAUAGGUUUGGUGUCUGCAGUUCCUCAGAGGCACAGCCCUGGCUGAGCUGUGCUGCAGAGCUCUGAGCCACUGGCACCAGUACCUGGCCUGAGCCAGAAAUAUCAAAUGUCUGCUCACAAGGGAACACUGGUGACCUCAGAUUUGUUGUAGAACAGUAAUUCAUAAAAUCAUUGCCUUUCUAUGAGCAGACUUUGUGCAGACAAAUCAGUACCACUAAGUUACAAAGCUCUUCAUUCACACCAGAACCAUGAUUACUGAUCUUCUUGUACCAGAACACUUGACUCAUUGCRGUUGCAUAUGUUUGAGCAGUCUGCCUCUGAGAAACUGCCAUCCAGCCUGGAUGCCUAUGUCCAAGGCUUGAUUUUGUUUACAUCCCUAUUCCAUAUCAGUAUGAUGACUUCAGAGUGACUCCUGUAUCAGGCAGAUGAAAGCCAGAGUGUAUCUGCAGUGCACAGAUAYAUUCCUUUCCUCAUCUUUCCUGAGAGCUGAAAUGAAGCUUUAACUCUGAAAAUAACUGUACUGAUAUCCCUGUGUGUUUGGGGAAUUAGACACAGUGACAACAGGAGCUUAAUGCUCUCCCCACAAGUGAAGGAAGGAAGGCAGGAGGGAAAUCUGGGAGUGARCAAAUUUCCCAGGAGAACUGGAGGCAACACUCAGUUUCCCCAGAUCAUGUCUUCCCCUUGAUGCAAUUGCUCCCUCGUGAGAAGGUAAGAGUUUUUUUUUCCAGUAUGUUCUCGUUGGGUUUGGGUGAUGCAAAGAGGCUUUGCUCAUUCCUGAGCAUUGCURCCUUGUCUGCAGACAUGCCCUGUAGCAUGUGAUGUCAGAAGGCAAUUCCCCAGUGACUUUAUCCAAAAAUUCAGCUAUCUCUUGUGGAACUUCUCCAACAUGAAGACAAACGUAUAAACCUCAAUGAGUAGUUCAGAGUAUACAACCUCAAAGCUUUAGUGAAUAACUCACUAGUUUUUCUGAACAAUUCAAUCUAAAACAUUCUGUAGAAUGGGAUUGCUACUUAAAUGUUAUUGCUACUUAAACUUGAAGUUCAUUAAAAUGAAARAUUUAAAAUUAAUAAWGUUAAAAGCUAGGCUGGACAGGGUYACAUUGAUAUUCAGAGGUCAGAGGUGAGGUUUUGUCAUGUUGGCUUGUCCAGCUUGCCAGCAGCGACAGUACCUCAUGGCUUGGUAAAGAGUUGCCUCUUGUGGAGUAUGCGAACAAACUUGGCAAAAUGAGAUUUGCUGCUUAAGGUGCCAUUUUAAAUAUUUGUCAAAAUAACUCUUUGAAGUAUUAGCCUGCUAGCAGAGCAGCUUAAGAUGUCUUUUGCACCAUUUGUGUUUGCGACUGGAUUCUCUCACCCUGUAUGAGAGUCAGCACUGGGCCUUCCUUUCUCCUUCCCACUGAGUUCUGUCCACUUGUCUUUUCACAGCUUUACCAUAAGCUUGAUUGACCUGUGAGAGAGAAUUCAGUUAUACUGAUAGAUGUGGAARAACUCAGUCGUAUCUGGCUUUUUGCAAACACUGACUGAUGCUGCCUUCUAUUUUUCCAAGUUACCUGUGUCACUUUGCYCUUGCAGAUAUCCCACAGGCUUCCUCAGACAAAAGUGUACCACUGUCUCCUUAGAGUAGGAGUAGGUGGGAUUUCAAUUUUUUUGCAUCUCCUCUUUUGAGCUUGUCUGAGGAGGUGCCCUUGGGGAAAAAAAGCAACUCAAAAACACAAUAGCAUUAAUUUCCAGCUUGUCAGAAAUUCUCUGGARCUGUCUGUUGGUAGGAUUUGUAAGAGUGUAAUAUUCUACUCYAAAUGUAUAAGUUUUAUCUGCAAAAACUUUGUUGCACCUGCCAGUGUGAUGGGACUUCCUUGCUCCAAUGCCUGCCAGAUGCAGCUAUGGCAAUACCUUGUCUUAAGCCAUAUCUAAGAAACAUUCCUUGGAAACAUGUUCCUUCCCCUGCUCUCUUCAUAGGGCACAGUGAUUUGGGUGUUUGGAAUCAGAAAUAACUCCUGGUUGCUGAGAAACUCAUCAUAGGGUAUCAGUGUGAGAAUCCAAGGACCAGUAGUGGACACCAGGGACGGGGGUGGUUUGGCUUGAUGAAGCACUGCCCUGCCAUAGCCACCCUGUGGGACUGGUCUGUGUGSUUUGGGCUCUAGUAAUCCAGGGAGAGCAGUUCCACAGUGCUGCAGCAACUUCACACAAUCCUUGUGUUCAGUAAAAAUGGAUAUUUCUUGUCAUGUGCAAAUCCUCAUCCAUCAUUCCCAUUGUAGCUGUGAGACACCUUAGAAGAACAGUGUUGUGACUUGAUCUUCUUUCUAGCAGUAGAGGCAUUUUUCCUGUUUGUAGUUAAUGRUCGUUGCUGUAUAUCGAAGUUCAAACCCUUUGUGUCAUGCAAAGCUUUGGAGGUGGAGGCCUCAGGUUGCUUUUGAAGACAAUGACUAUAAUGGGCACCUUAUCAGAAAGUGGAGUUGUGUCAAGUACUCCAGCGGUGAAGUGCUUUAGUCAGUUGUUACUUGCAGCUCUGAACAACUGUUGAAGUGGGCUGUAGUCGCUGCGGUCCUGUUGGCUGCAAUGACAGAGUGCCAGAGUCACAGGAAGGGCCYUGGGCUGGGAGCUGCAGCAGCUGCGGGCUGGGCRUCAGCCACCACCGUUCUGAGAGAGYGUCUGUGCUUUCCUGAGAAGCUGCUUUCUGCUUUGUCAUGUUCCUUGAAAGCAGAAAAGAUUAAAAACUCCUGACAUCAGAAACAUGACUGUAAAUGGCAUCCAAGCUGUUUGCAAGCCACAGGAACUGUAUCCAGCUGUGUCCAAGCUGGAUAGACUUCACUUCACCUGAGCUGUCUUUCCUCCAGCUCCUGCACUUUGGCAUGCUCCCUUUUCUGAUGAAGCACGUUAAUCAACCUCAYGUUAAUAGAGGCAAAUUAGCAAAGGGAAGAGAAAAACUCACAUUUCCUCUCUGGUGAUGUAUCUGAAGUCAAAAUGGAGUGGGGGCCAGUGCUGUUCUUUGAAGAGUUAAACCAUGCCAAUAGAGAUCUGUGGUGACUCAYGGAAGGGUGGUAAAUGCAGAUCCAUCAACUGCUCUUCCUGUGUGCACAUUGAAAUUAUGUACUUUGUCUUUGGAAAUUCAUCCUCAUUUUUGGUGGGGUGUGAUCUCUGCCCAUAGGGACACCGAUGCCACAGCCAGGAGCUGAACURCACACAGCAAUGGCACUGUGAGGGCUCAGCUCCUGCGAGUGACACUGAGCCAGGCUGCUGGGUAUAGCCGAGGCGUGGGCACCUGGCUGUUGUGCAGCUCUCUGUCAUGAAUUUCAGACUAUUCAUAGUUGGGUUGAUUGUGUGUGUACUGUUUGGGGUGAUGUUUUCUUCAGAUUAGUGGUGGUGUGCUGCUGAAUUGGUUUUCUACCCUAACUUGGAAUUGCAGCCCUACAUCAAUGGUAUUUUUGUCACUGCAGAAUCUUGAAUUGCAUUAAAGGUAUUUUGACUGUG